UCUACACCAUUCUAACGUAUCCUCCGUGAUUUCAGUGGGCCAACGUGACAUACCUUCUUCGAAAUAUCCUCCGCUGCUGCUAACAAUGCUACUGCCUCAUCCUCCACCCUGCUAUAUAUCUUCCAAGGUCUCAAUUUUCUUAGUUUGAGUCACCACCAUCGCCUUCUCCACCCUUCCUCUCUAUCUCUCUAAUUCCCAUCUCUAAGUAGAUAAGAUGUCGUUCAAGGACUGUGGCGACUACGGCGGGUACUGGCCAUGGCGGCACAAGGUGUUCCGCCGCCUGUUCGCGUGCUUCCUGUGCCUCAUCAUCCUGGUGCUCUUCGUGAUCCUGGUCAUCUGGCUGGUCCUCCGUCCGUCGAAGCCCGAGUUCAACCUCCAGGACGCCACCGUCGUCAAGUUCGACCUCUCGGAUCCCAAUUCACGACUCUCCUCCAUCGUCCAGAUCACCAUCUCCUCCCACAACCCCAACGACCGCAUCGGCAUCUACUAUGACCACCUCGACGUCUACGCCGACUACAAGGGCCAGCAGAUCACCGCCGCCACCGUCCUCCCCACCGGCUACCAGGGCCACAACGACUUCAGCGUCUGGUCCCCCUACCUCUACGGCAACGCCGUCCCCCUCGCCCACUACCUCGCCGUCGCCGUCGACCAGGACGAGUCCGCCGGAUUCAUGCUCAUCUAUUUCAAGAUCGACGGCCGGCUCCGGUGGAAGGUCGGCACCUGGAUCUCCGGCACCUACCACAUCGACGUCAACUGCCCCGCCUUCUUCACCGUCAACUCCACCAAGGAAUUCCAGUUCCAGAAGACCACCUCCUGCAGCGUCGACGUCUGACGGCGACGGUGACCUUCUUGUCUCCACCUCCUCUUCAUAUCUCCUCCAGCGAUUGCACCCAAAUUAGUCAGUGUUUGGUGUAGCCCGGGGUAAGAAUAGCCAUGCAAGUAAAAAUUAAUUAAUAUAGGGAGGGAUAAUAAAUACACUU